GGCCUUCCCCUCUCUCAGCUUUCAUCCCCCGUCCCCACCCCAGAAUCGGUCUGACGAAGGGUCUUGACUCGAAAUGUACUUAUCCAUGUUCUUCGAAGAAGCUGCCUGGCCUGCAAAGCUACUCGAGCAUUUUGUGUCCUCCUCUGGUAACAGUGGAUGACUGAUAUGUAAUCGACUCUGCUCUGACUGGCUGUAGUAUUUUCACCACAUGCUACGUCUUGCUUGAGUGUAGAUGCCAAGUGUAAAUGUUGACUUUCUUGUCCCCAAUUCCACUCAGUUCCACUUAUGAAUUUGGUGCUGAACAUUUUUUUCUUUGUUAGGUGUUGGAAGAACUCAGGAUGUCAGGGUCAACGUCUUCUUACGACCAUCUCGUGAAGCAAGUCGAGGCACUUAGGAAAGAGAACUCUCACCUUCGGAGAGAGCUGGAGGACAACUCCAGCCAUCUGACUAAGCUGGAGACCGAGACGUCGGACAUGAAGGAGAUGCUGAAGCAACUUCAGAACAAACUCGAGCAAGAGGCGAGCAACUUGGUUUCUACUGGGAGAAGCGACAUCUUGGACCAGCUGACAGAGCUGAACACCGAUAUUGCCAGUCUGUGCGACAACAAGUGGCAAUCGAACAUGGUGUGCACGGGACCCGGCAGAUUUACACUGGACCAGGCAUUUGAGAGAAAUCAGGCGCACCCUACAACUCCGCUGGCCCAAGACUACGUGCCUCGCCCACACGGGCGAUUGGAGCACCUGGAGGAACUCAACGAAGAAAGAGCACUGCUUCUUUCCGAGAUUGAAAAGGAAGAGAAGGAGAAGGCAUUUUAUUGUGCGCAGAUCCAGAAUCUUGGCAAGCGAGCGGAUGAGAUGCUACAAAUCAGAAGCGUUUCGAAGCACAUGGACCUGAUUCGGCAACAGCUACAGUAUGAGGCUCAUCAGAUCAAAGCCAUUAUUGAGGAGAGAUACGGGACAGGUGACAGCACAACUGAACGACUCCAGAUGCGAAUGAACCGGGUGCAAGAGAUUGAAAAGGAGAUUCUUCAGUCGCAACAGAGAGUGCGUGAGACCGAGACCGAGGGACGUGGUCAGUCUAAUGAUCAGGACGCAGAGGACAGAAUGAAUAAUUUACCUCAAGGACUAAACAACUUGGGCAGUAAGGUGGAGAUGGUGUUCUGGCUGCUCUCCAUGCUGGCCACCCGGGACAAGGAGGACAUGUCGCGGACCUUGCUGGCCAUGUCCAGCUCUCAGGACAGCUGCGUGGCCAUGCGCAAGUCGGGCUGCCUGCCGCUGCUCAUCCAGCUGCUGCACGACAGCGAGCGGGAGGCCGCAGGCUCCGCCGUCGACGGGGGCACCAAGGAGGCCCGUGCCCGGGCCAGCGCCGCCCUCCACAACAUCGUCUACUCGCAGCCCGACGAGGGCCAGGCCAAGCGGGAGAUGCGCGUCCUCCACGUACUGGAGCAAGUGCGACUCUACUGUGACUCCUGCUGGGAGUGGCUGGACAACAGAGGGGAAAACGGCGCCGAUACCAACAGCCUGCCGUUACCCAUUGAACCUCAGAUCUGCCAGGCGAUGUGCGCCAUAAUGAAGCUGUCCUUCGAUGAAGAGUACCGACGAGCUAUGAAUGAGCUAGGAGGUUUGCAGGCAGUGGCAGAACUGCUUCAGGUGGACUGCGACAUGUAUGGGGCCACCAGUGACCCUCUGAACUCGGCCCUCCGACGGUAUGCUGGGAUGGCCCUGACCAACCUCACCUUUGGAGAUGUGGUCAACAAGGCUACGCUGUGCUCGAGAAAAGGCUGCAUGCAAAGUAUCGUGGCCCAGUUAGAGUCCGACAGUGAAGACAUACAUCAGGUUGUGGCGAGUAUUUUGAGGAACCUUUCAUGGCGGGCAGAUGUCAACAGUAAGAGGAUUCUGCGGGAAGUCGCGAGUGUCACUGCCCUGAUGCAGUGUGCUCUAAAAGCAAAAAAGGAAUCGACACUCAAGAGCCUGCUGAGUGCCCUUUGGAACCUGUCGGCUCACAGCACGGAGAACAAAGUAGCAAUCUGUUCCGUUGACGGGGCACUGAUAUUCCUCGUGGGUACUCUGACCUAUAAAUGUCAGAGCAAUUCCCUCGCCAUCAUCGAGAGCGGCGGGGGCAUCCUCCGCAACGUUUCAAGUCUCAUCGCAACGAACGAGGAGUACAGGCAAGUUCUUCGCGACUACAACUGUCUGCAGACCCUCUUGCAGCAUCUGAAGUCCCACAGUUUGACCAUUGUCAGCAAUGCGUGCGGGACCCUGUGGAACCUUUCAGCUCGGAAUGCGAAGGACCAGGAACUGCUCUGGGACAUGGGGGCAGUCAGCAUGCUGAGGAACCUGAUCCAUUCCAAACACAAGAUGAUCGCCAUGGGAAGUGCAGCUGCCCUGAGGAACCUGUUGACUAACCGGCCGGCAAAAUACAAGGAUACCGCCAUGAUAUCCCCGGGCUCUUGCAUGCCUUCUUUGUACAUGAGGAAGCAGAAGGCCCUCGAGGCCGAGCUGGAUGCAAAACAUUUAUCGGAGACCUUUGACAGUAUUGAGAAACUCAGUCCGAAGCAUUCCAACAUCAACAAGCCCCUUCGGCACAUUGAAAGUCUGGCCAAGGAUUAUGCUUCAGACUCUGGAUGCUUUGACGAUGAUGAGGGCCCUAAUAUUUCAACUGGAUUGGAAACCGGUGGGUUGUCUAUGCUGUCCAUGUAUCUGAACUCUUCCUUCCUUCAAGGGCAAGGUUUUUCACGGUGCCGUAGUGCUGGAAGAAGCUCGAAGUCGGAAAGAGAUCUUGACGGGACGCAGGCGGAUCUCCAGAAGUUCAACCCCUCCACGGACAACGUGUCGAUCGCUGCGGAGAGGCUGGUGAACCAGAUCUCCACAACGGUGGCCAGGAUCGACAAAAUAGUGGAAGAUAUGUCGCACAUGCACACAUCCUCAGAGGACAGUUUUAGCCUCAGCUCUGAAGACCAGUGCAUCGACUGGCAGUCUGCGUUAGAUGAUCUGAAUGAACCCAGGACAAAGUCCUCAUCGCCCCGUCACCUUGCCGAUGCCGUCAAUUCAGGCAUACGCGUGAAGGCACAAGGCAUCUUGGGUGCAAGGACAGACAAUGCCAACUUAUCAAGUGACAGUCUGGAGUGUGGCAAUAGCACUGAACAGGACACUAAAAGCCAAAUGAGUUCAUCCAAGGAAUCCUCAAGUUCAGGACACAAGGAAGAGGUUCCUCUGUAUCAGAAAAGACCAAAUAAUUUGGUCCUGAAGAACGGAGAAAACCAUCAGAUGGAUAGAAAAGAAUCUGAUGGACAACCAAGGUCCCGAGAACCCAGAACCUCAUGGAAUGAUGCCUGGGGGGUAAGGAAAGUUGAUGAGAUAAGUAAGAGCCAAUUUUCACCCUUUUAUGAAAGGAGCCAAGUGGCUUCAAUCACUAGCAGAAGUAGUCCUAGUCCAAGCCCAGGAAAUUCCUUGACUCCUCAGAGCUUGACAAGUAGAAAACAGGCGUGGGUCCAUUCUGGGCUUUCUCAGAGCAACAGAGAUUUGAGUCAAGGCCUCUCCAGCACAUCUGCUUGUACGCCAAGCUCCAACGGCCAGGAAACGUUGCAAACCUACUGCGUGGAAGACACACCAAUUUGCUUUUCACGUUGCAGUUCAUUGUCGUCCCUCUCAUCUGCUGAGAAUGCCCUGGACGUGCAAAUUGGGAGUGAAAAUGAAAAUGACAUUGACAGCGAUUCUUCGCUGGAGAUUAUUGGUGUCGAGAAAGAGUCCCCACUGACUGCUGAAAAGACUAUAAGCGAUGAGUCUCUUGGCUCGGAAGAAAUGCUGCUCAAAUCUAGCGACCAUUCAUUUAGCAGCACGUCACAGCCCAUUGAAAUACCUUGCCCGAAGCAAGAAAAGUUUUUGAUGAGGAAAAGGGCAGCUUCCAGAAACAUGGAUUCCAGCCCAUCGAGUCUGUCCGAUAAUUACUUGCAGGAAACGCCACUGGUCUUGAGCAGGUGCAGUUCAGUCAGCUCUCUCGGAAGCUUCGAAAGUCCUUCAAUAGUCAGUUCCAUUCAGAGUGACCCUUGCAGCGAGAUGGUGAGUGGUACCAUCAGCCCCAGUGAUCUACCGGACAGCCCUGGGCAAACCAUGCCUCCUAGCAGAAGUAAGACCCCAUUGCUGGACCAUCUGGACAAAGAUGCCAACCAAGUCAAUAACCAGUGGGACAGUGAGAUGAAGAAGCACAUGGACAUCAACGAGUUCAAGGAACGCUUCCAGCUUCCGGCAGACAUUGACACCAUGCUGUACUUCACUCUGGAGAAGCCAAACGAGAACUUCUCAUGUGCGUCAAGUCUGAGCGCCCUCACCCUUCACGAGCCGUACAUUCAGAAGGACAUUGAGCUGAAGUUGAUGCCUCUUCUGCAGGAGAAGAGCUGCUUCAACUGCCUGGCACAAGAGAAGAGGGAAGACAUGAGAGAGGAACGGACGGCGGACGGCAUGGAGAAGGCGGAUAAGUUGGAUUGCAUCCUGGAGAACUCUGACGACGACAUUGAAAUCUUGAAAGAAUGCAUUAAUUCCGCGAUGCCGACCAAAUUCAGGAAAGUCAUUUCUGGCUUGUCCGGUCAAGUGCUGCAGUCCAAGAAGUCUCUUCAGCUGCCCGUUUACAUGUUACUGCCAGAUCAUUCUCAGUUGGAGUCAGGCGGGCACACCGUCGCUAAAAACGACAACUUUAGAGAAGACUCCUCCUACUCGGACUCUGUUGAAGGGACUCCGGUCAACUUUUCCAGCUCAGCCUCCCUCAGUGAUGAGACCUUGGAGUAUCCGCAAAGGGAUUCACCCAGUGUGGCUAAAGUCAGGCCUGAGAUCACUGAGAGAAGGGAACUCAUUCCCGCAGAAGGACGAAACACUGACGACCUCGAGGUGCCGAUAUCUAUCAGAAUGCACGAGAAAAGCCUUGAGCAUGGGAACAAGUACCAUUUUAAUAUAAACGAGGUGUGUCCCCACUCCAGCUCAAUCCCAAGAGGACAGUCGCACUUGCUUAUUAACGUCAACCAAAGGGAGGUUCAAAAACUAAAUCAGAACCCUCUACCUUCGCAGCAAUGUCAGAACCACAACGAUCCUGUGUUCCAGUCAGGACUGACGGCAAAUAUCUUGCGGAAGGAGCAUGCCCCCCCAAGGCAGCUGGUGAAACCGGAUAAAAUGGGGUGCAAGCGGGCGGAGGAAGGAGAGCAGAGAAUGGAGGUUUCUGGUGGAGAAUACAUUCAUGGAAGCUAUGCCUUCCAGUCCAUGCGCCAUACCACGCCCACUGAGGAAGCUGUUUACUGCUUUUAUGAAAAUGACACUUUAGAUAGGCUGAGUGUCUCAAAAGACUCAGUCAAACAGAAAAACGGAGUUAAAAGCGACUAUGAGGAAAAUUUGAUCAUCACCCAAAAUGGAGAAACUAUGAAUGAACCAAACGAGAAUUAUAAGACCACCAUGAAGUUCAAAACGGCUAAAAUGGAACGGUCGCUGAUCACGGAUGAGAGUCCGCUUUGCUCCCUCAGUUCCUCGCUAAGCUCUCUGAGUGACGUGGAGUUGGAAGAGUUUCAAACAAAGACACGGAAAGCAUUUGUAAAAUCUAGGAAAAAGUCUGCAAGUUCCAGCGCGGCUUCCAAAUCUUUCACCCAGGGGUACUCGUCCUCGCCAACCACGAGAGACAGCUCGCCCAGCUCCCCGAGUUACGACUCGGAAGAUGAUCUCCUGCAGAAGUGCAUCAGCUCGGCAAUGCCAAAGAAAAGGAAGCAUUCUUCAAAGCAAAAGUCCGAGAAAUCGGCAAAGCAGAGUUGCCAGAACGGCAACUCGCAAACCCACGCCGGGGCGAACGUCAGUUGGGAUUUGCCGCAGAGGAACGACGGAAGCAGAGACGUUUGUAGCUCGUUGUCUGACCUGUCAUCUCCUGACGUGGAAAGCUUCGAGUGGAAAGCCAUUCAGGAAGGUGCCAAUUCCAUAGUCACCAGUUUGCACCAGGCAGCGGCCUGCCUUUCGAGGGAACCCUCUUCUGAAUCCGACUCCAUUUUGUCAUUUGUGUCGGGGUUGUCCGUCGGAUCGACACUCCACUUCACGCUCGAGCGGAAGGACAAGAAAAGGACUCAGAAAGAGCAACCCCGUGAUUUGGAGGCUGCCGAGCACAUUGUGAAGGAAGGAAAGAAACUGACUGAGCACAAGGCAACUGCGGGUAAACCCUCCAAUGCCAACAGAGGUUCGAACAUACCGAAGCAACCAUCCCGGGCCGUGAGCCUACCGGUGAUCUUCAGGGGAAGGACCGUCAUCUACAUGCCCGACAUGUGGAAGAAGCCCAACAACAAUGCCAACAACACUCCUUCCAAGAAAGCGAUACCCAAGAAUAAUGCUCCCAGCAAAAAUCUUAAUCAGACCUUUAGAUCUCGAAGCUUGCACAGACCUGGACAAAUGACGGAGAAAGUUGACACUUCUCUCCCAAAGAGAAGUGUGACUCCGCCUGCAAGAAUAACAAGAGGUCCAUCCAGGGGGUCAUCGAGGAAUUCGACACCAUCCAGACAGCCUCAGCGGAAUUUAACUUCAUCUACGCAGCCCAACAAACAAGUGACGCCACAUGUAACGAAGACCAUCGUCAAUAAAAUUGACCAGAAACAGAGAACUCAAGUCACGUCCUUGCCUUCCACUCCGAACAUCAGAUCGCCCGCGUCGGGGAAACUCACUCGUAAGUCACCGGUCCAAGUAUCAAACAGCCAAGCACCAGCGAAGCCGGAGACACCAGUAAAGAAGCUGUCCACAUUUCAGAAGAAGAAUACCACUGCAUCGAACAAGAGCCUAGGUUCGAAGAAGAUGAUGCCACCAAACAGGUUGGACCUGGUGAGAAUGUCGUCUGCAAAGUCAAGCGGCAGCGAGUCAGAUAAGUCCAACUUUGUGCGGCAGCUAACGUUCAUCAAGGAGUCCCCAGGCCUUCUGAAGAGGCAGAAGUCCGAAGCGUCUUCAUCGGAGUCGAUCUCGUCGCUCUCGCAGUCUGUAUCGCCGAGGAGAAGCAAGUCGGACUUUCAGGCUGCCCUCCUGCGCUCGUCGCAGUGCCCGGCGCUGAAGGUCGCCAGGCCAGCUCUCACCGUCAACGCGAGUCAGCGCAAGGCUGCCUGCAAGGAGCCGGCGGUGCGGAACGAGAAGUGGUCGAGGAGGCCAAGUUCGGAGAGCCCCUCCAGGCUCCCCGUGAAGAACAGCGCCGCCUGGAAGCAGGAGCACUUCAAGCGGUAUUCAUCGUCCCCCCACAUCAACGUGCUGCAGAGGGCGGCGAGCCCGUCCUCCACCCGCUCCGCAUCCUCCGAGUCCAGCGACAAGACCAAGAGCGAGGAGGAGCUUCGGGGAACGGACAGACCCACCAGACGCAGUGAACAGCAGGUGAGAAAGAACCAGCCAAGCUUGAAGGGAACGUGGAGAAGAAUUAAAGACGAAGACAUUCCGUACUUCCUCAGCAACUCUCUCCCACCUUCAGCGAUGACGCUGGUCAAUAAACCGGAAUCCGCGCGGCUGCCCGGGAAAGCGGGUGUGGCGGUGGAAACCAAAACGAGCGAUGCCUUUGUGCAGACUGAAGACUUUCCCAUUACGAAAACUAAUUCCAGCACCUCACCCACGUUGGACCUAAUCCCACACCUUCAACAAGCUCUUCACAGGAAUGUCAGGAGCAGGCCAUUCAUCGGGAAGAGCUUAGAGACUAUUUAUGGCAUCCAUUCAACUGAACAGGAGCCCGACGCAGUGUUACUUAUGAGGAGCAAUAUAACCUCCUCGUCGGAGACCGAGAGCCACUCCAUUGCCCCAGCUCACAUGCACUUCAAUCCCAGUAGACACGGCUCUCCCAGCAGAGCUGCCAGAGUGACUCCUUUCAACUAUAUACCCAGCCCCAAGGCAAUAAGGUCAGACAAUGGAUCUCUCCAGCCAUCUCAGAUUCGGGCACCCAUUAUUAAUGAAAAAACAGUGGCUAAGGUGCAGAGCUGAAAGCCAGAUUGAACGCUGGCUUAAGUACUUGAUUACCCUGCAGUUUUCACUUCAAGUGAUAAAAGCCCAUGAAUGGUGCAUUCAUUCAUAAAUGCACACCAAGCACAGCUUUAAUUGAGGUACAAGUGCAUGCGUAAUAUACUUUAGUUCUACCAGGUUCCAUCUUAUUAAGGAACUAUCAGUCGACCACAAGGUGUAGUGUCUCCACCCUAUGACAUUAUCUGCGAUGUUAGUGCUCACACGUUAAUAUUAAUUGACUGCAAACAAAUGGUGAGACGCGGCAGCGAGGAAUUUAUUUACACCUGUGGACAUCAUGAAAAGCAAAGUUCCAAUGACAAGGUACCAUGCAAACCUUGAUCGAUAUCAGCGCAGGUUGGCCUCUGAAAAUAUUCAUUCAUGGAUAUUAAGCGGCUAUUACACUUGAUUAAUCGGAGCUGCUGAGUUCAUGAUUGAAUUCCUUCAGAAACAAUGAUAAUUAAAUUAUAUAUAUAAAUAUGUAAAGCUAAUCAUAUUUCUAAAUGUUGCAGACAUUUCAACUUGCAUUGACAAUUUUUGGAGGAAUAAUGUAUCGAUCAUGAAUUUGUUUGUUAGUUAAGAUCAAAGUUAGUCCAUUAAAAUAAAACCCCUCCAUAUUGCCAAAUACAUCUGUAUCAGGACUGUGGGUUAAAGACCUGGUGUUUUCCAGCUUGACUGUUUAAGAGGAAGGAGGGGAAUGAGGAAUUAAUGGCACUUUGUUGAUCUCCGUGUCUCUUAUCACAAAGCAGUGCUAUUUGAUGGGCCAGUUUCCUAGAGAGACAAUUGUACUUUGAACACACUGUUCAUAAAUUCAUAAAUGAGCAGAAUUUGGCCAUCUGGCCCAAAAAGGCUUUUCCGCCACCCAAUCAUGACUUAUUUAUCUUUCCUUCUCAACCCCAUUUUCUUGCCUUCUCCCCAUAACCCCUGACACCUGUACUAAUCAAGAAUCUAUCAAUCUCUGCCUUAAAAUAUCCAUUGACUUGACCUCCAUAGUCGUCUGUGGCAAUGAAUUCCAUAGAUUCACCAUCCUCUGACAAAAGAAAUUCCUCCUCAUCUUCUUCCAAAAGAUACGUUCUUUUAUUCUGAGGCUGUGGCCUCCGGUCCUAGACAUUCCCACUAGUGGAAACAUCCUCUCCACGUCAACUCUAUUCAGGCCUUUCACUGUUUGGUAUCAAUGCGGUCCCCCCCCCUCAUCCUCCUAAACUCCAGCGAGUACAGGCCCAGUGCCGUCAAACGCUCAUCAUAUGUUAACCCACUACGUCCCUGGAAUCCACUGUUUUUGGAUCCGGUUGAGUAUCAUGUAGGAUUCCAGAGGCCAAACUCCCCCAAUUCUUGAUGCUCUUGCUUAUUGCAAACUCUCUCCUGCGACACUCACCCCAAUACAUCCCCCAUCAUUAUCAGAUCCAUCCUCACUCUUCCUCAUCUUGAUGUGCAGAAAAAUUCACCAAAACAUUUCAAAUGCUGCAACGUUAAACAUUGAGACUUGGUGGGAAAUGUAACUACAACCCAUUCUGUGACCAAGGAGCAUCAAACAUAUAUCGUUAUACAACAUAGAAAAGUACAGUAUAGGAACUGCCACAGUGUCUUUGGUGAACUUUGGUUGUGUCUGAUGCACCAAUUGCAGGCUAUUCAUGAUCAUGAUAGGGGAGGGAGGUCAUGGUAGAGCAGAGAAGGAGAAUAGGAGAGAGGGAAUUCACUACUUUCAUCUACAUGAUGAAACAAACUAAUCUCUUCUGCCUGCACAUAGAAACAUAGAAAAUAGGUGCAGGAGUAGGCCAUUCGGCCCAUUCAAUAUGAUCAUGGCUGAUCAUCCAACUCGGUAUCCUGUACCUGCCUUCUCUCCAUACCCCCAUGAUCCAUAUCCCUCCAUUCUCUGUAUAUCCACGUACCUCUUAAACGCCGCUAUCGUCUCUGUCUCAGCCAACACUCCUGGCAAAACGUUCCAGGCACUCACUACCCUCUGUGUAAAAAAUAAAUAAAAUACUUGCACCGUAAUUGUAGAAGGAAAGCUCGCAAAUAAUUAAAAUCAAUAUCUCUGCAGUGAUAUUUAUAUUCCAAGAAACUUAAGCUUGCAAAUGGAACUGUGAGCAGAUAAGAGCAUGAAGGUUUUAUGUGCUGCCAUUGAUUCCUUCAUCUAACCCAGAUGUCAAUCUGUUUGGCUUAGCUGCUUGUUCAUGACAUUGUCAUAAGAGGAAUAAGGGCACCACAGUGGCACAGCUGGUAUAGCUGCAGCUGGUAGAGCCGCUGCCUCACAGCGCCAUAGACCCCGGUUCAAUCCUUACCUCGGGUGCUGUCUAUGUGUGGUUUGCACGUUCUCCCUGCGACCACGUGGGUUCCCUCCGGGUGCUCUGGUUUCCUCCCAGAAGUGCGGGUUUGUCGGUUAAAAUUGCCCCUCUGAAACUUGCCCCUUCUGCGUAGGGAAUGUAUGAGAAGGUGGGAUAUCACAGAAGUAGUGUGAACGGGCGAUCGAUAGUCAAUAUGGUGGGCCAAAGGGCCUGUUUCCAUGCUAAAGUAUGUGUGCACAUUAUAAAAAAUAAUAUUGCAUUAGCACUACUUUGAGUAUUGAAGGCAAUAUUGAAGAACUGAACAAAGUUGCUGCUUUAUUUUGAGAGGAGCUCAAAAAACUAUAUUUUAACUUUGUUUUUAAGUGGCAAGAGAAAAAUGUCACGGUUUGACUAAAUUCAGAGGAAGUAUAUCUGUGUAGCCAAACUGUGUCGGAAACAGAUACUUGCUUAGAUGCUUAUAUUGAAAAGACAAGUGUUUAACUGACAUAAUGGAUUGAGAAGCCAAAUGAACCAAAGGGUCAAGUUUAUCUUAGUGCUUUUGUCAUCUUGAGGACCAUGAUGAGAAGGUAGAAGUAGAUGAGACGGUGGGCAGACUGGCAAGAAGCCAGUAGUUUAACUUGUUUUCCCAGGUUAAUUAUACAUCCGUUAAUGCCGGAGAACACAUGAUGUAUGAAGGUAGUUUGAUCUGUGGUGUUAAUAUUUCUCCUGAUAUUCCCCAUUGAUUUUAGUUGGUAUAGUUCACUGAUGUUCUUGUAUAAGUGACCUCCCUUCCCGUGUAAGAAUACAGUGAGGGCUUUAAUGGCAUCGCAGCAGAUUCCAAUAUACUUAUACCACCAAGGAGGUUGGCAAUCAUGUCCUUCCCAUCUAUUAAUAAUAUAUUAAAACUCACAUCUGCAUGCAAUCAUUGUCUUAAAACAAUAUUUAUUAUAUUUUUGUCACACUUAUGUCAAUUCUAUUUCACAUUAAUUUCCAGUUUAUAUUGUAAAUGACCUGUCUAAAUGUGUCACAUUGUAAUUAAAUCCUCCCACCAGUGGCUGUGCUAAGG